UAAUUCAAACCUGAUGAGGACCGUAUACUGCGGCUAAAACUUUCGUGUUGCCAUGCUCUAUGUACGCGCUGCCGUCCGCUUGUCCAAACACUCCCAUUCGCAUACGGAUUUGCCUCAGUUCUAACGCUCUUCUACCGUCAGCGCGCAAUCCACCUUCAUUGUCCUCCUGAUUGCGAUCUGUCAUCUUUCUUUUAUUUUAAUUAACGCUAUGGAUAAAAGUUAUAUCUAACCUAGAAUUUAAAGGUACACAUGUCACACUUCCAUUUAUUUACAAACGAUAUCGAACGUAUCGCGCAUUCGAUAUAUUGAUAUAUCGAUAUAUCGAUAAAUUGAAUAUGGCCACGCGCGAAGAAAAAUAUAACCUCGUUCGAUCCAGAAGAAGAAAUAAACUGUAAACAAUUGAUUCGAUGUCGUUAUUGAUAAACAAAUAUGAGACUCUCGACUCGUUCAAUUUGCAUAUCGGAGCAUGAAGAGGAUCAAGAUCGUGCCGGACAGGCCGAAUCGUCUGUUCGAGAUCUGGUUGGAAGAAUGGAGGAACGAUGCGAUGCUCCGAAACGCCAACUUGGGCAAUCAGUUUACGAAGGCGUUGGAUUCGCUGAAGCGGUACCCGCUUCCGCUGGAGUCCGGUAAAGAAUGUAUAAUCCUGCAGCAUUUCGGCACGAAAUUGUGUUCGAUGCUGGACAAAAAAUUGGAAGAGCAACGAAGGCGCGAAUCCGCGAAAAUAGCUGACGCUCACUUUUCUGAAGCCACCACUAACUCGGAUUAUAUUGCCGGGUGUAAGGAGCAGCCUGUGGAUGACAAAGUUGAUGACACACAGGAGAAAACAGUAAAAGUAGUCAGACAAGCUAACAAUAAGAACGCUAAACGGAAUGCAGCGAAGAAAUUGGUAAAUGUAAAUGAAAUUGGAUCGCAGGAAAAGCAUAUUUGUUUAGAACCUAAUACUUUUGAUAUUAUAUUAUUGGUGGACACCCAAGAAACUUGUGGUGGAAAAACUAAGCCGCAAUACGAUGCCACUCUCAAGGAAUUGACACAGUUUGGUGUAUUGUUUGAAGUGCGUCGUUUGAAAAUUGGCGAUUUUGCAUGGAUUGCGAGAUGUAGAAAAACUAAUGAUGAAUUGAUUAUACCUUAUAUAAUAGAAAGAAAACGGAUGGAUGAUUUAAGUGCCAGUAUAACAGAUGGUAGAUUUCAUGAACAAAAGUUUCGAUUGAAGCAAUCCGGUAUUGAGAAUCUCAUGUACAUAGUGGAGAGUAUUGACAAGAAUUCUCGAUUUUCAAUACCACUUCCAUCACUGUUACAGGCUUCUGUAAACUGUCUAAUACAAGAUGGUUUUACUGUAAAGUAUACAAGAAAUCAUAAAGAUUCUAUGUCGUAUUUAUCACAUGUGACAAAGAUUCUAAUUAAAAUUUACAAGGAUAAAAAACUUGUUGGAUGUAAGAAAGAACAUCUUCAGACUAAUGAUGCAGGUAGCACAAUACAACGACUUUUAGAGUACAAAGAAUUCAAUCAGGCGUCUUCUAAACAGAGAAAAUUUAAAGUAGGUGAGAUGUUUAUUCGUCAAUUAUUACAAUUGAAAGGCAUGUCUAUAGACAAAGCGACAGCAGUUGUAGAACAUUACCCCUCGCCACAGAUUUUGAUCAGAGCUUUGGAAAAUUCUGAUAACGGCGAGCAAUUAUUGACGAACAUUCAACUAGGAAACAAAAAACGACAGCUCGGGCCUACUAUCAUUUAUGUAGCCAUAGCUACAAGUACGUAUAUCUUUUUCACAAUGCUCCCGCAAAUUCUUGAUGUAUUUCUACCAUUGAACGAGACACGUUCGCGCGAACAUCCGAUUUCCGUCGAUUUCUUCAUCGAUGAAGAUAAAUACUUUUAUUUUAUCCGAAUUCAAAUAUAUUUUAUGAUAAUAUUACUUAUGGAAAUAGUUCUUGCCAACGUGAUCAUGUUUAUUAUUUACACGCAACAUGCAAGUGGAUUAUUUACCAUAUUAGGAUAUCGUGCAGAGCGAUUAUUUAGCGAAAGUUCCCCCAAGAUCGGACGAUCUAUCCGUAGAACUGAAAAAGAUUACAGAAGCAUCGUUCUCUUUGUCGAGGAUCAUCGCAACGUUUUACAGUUUGUGGACAUUAUUCAAUCGAGCUACAGCAGGAGCCUCAUCACUGAAUAUUUGUUCUUCAUGAUCUUGAUAGGCCUGACGCUGGUACAAAAAUUUAAAUACUCCGGAUUUUCGGAUCGAUCUAUUAGAUCUAUAGCUUUCAUCGGCGGACAAUUAUUUUAUCUACUUAUAUUUAGCUAUAUGGGUCAGCAUAUAAUUGACACGAGCACACAGUUGUUCACGAAGAUAUAUUGCGGAAAGUGGCAUAAUAUGCCCCUUUGGAAGCAAAAGAUUAUGUUAUUCGUUAUGAUAAGGUGUAUACGAACAGUUUCCAUUAAUUCGUACAAUGUAUAUCCUCUGAGUUUAGAAGCUUUCUCGACGGUAAGCAAUACCGGUGAAAUCACGAUUAUAAAAUGCUCUCCUCUUUCUCGAUAAUAUCGCUGCGACUUU